AUGGGGAGAGCAGCUCCUUCCUGCGCCGUCGAGGCUGAGUGGCCGCGCCGGCUGCCGUCCGCCGCCCUCGGUGUCAUCGCCGCACUGGGGCUGCUGAUGGGCACAGCUGACUGCCAGCUUCAAACACCUUGUCAAAUCCAGAAGUGCACCACAGACUUCGUGUCCUUAACUUCACAUCUAAACUCUGCUCUUGAUGGCUUUGAUUUGGAGUUUUGCAAGGCCCUGCGGGCAUAUGCUGCUUGUACCUAUCGCAAUUCCAAAGUAUGCCGUGGAAAUCUAGUCUACCAUUCUGCAGCACUUGGAAUCAGCGACCUCAUGAGCCAGAGGAACUGUUCCAAGGAUGGACCCACAUCCUCUACCAAACCUGAAGUAACCCAUGAUCCCUGCAAUUACAGUGGCCACGCAGGAGCUGGAGAACAUCGGGGAGAGGAACAGACUUCUACUUAUUUGUUUUGUGGCUUGUUUGGUGAUCCUCAUCUGAGAACUUUUAAGGAUCACUUCCAGACAUGCAAAGUGGAAGGUGCCUGGCCUCUCAUAGACAAUAACUACUUAUCAGUGCAAGUGACGAAUGUGCCUGUGGUCCCAGGAUCCAGUGCUACUGCUACAAAUAAGAUAACUAUUAUCUUUAAAUCAUACCAAGACUGUACAGAUCAGAAAGUAUAUCAAGCAGUGACUGAUGACUUACCUGCAGCUUUUGUGGAUGGCACAACAAGUGGAAGCAAUGGGAACACCAAGAGCUUGCGAAUUGUGGAAAAAGUUGGUGGCAAAUAUGUUGAAAUGCAUGCCAGGUACAUCGGAACCACAGUGUAUAUACGCCAACUUGGACACUACUUAACGCUGGCCAUUCGCAUGCCUCAAGAGUUGGCUAUGGCCUACGAGGAGAGCCAGGAUCUGCAGCUGUGUGUGAAUGGUUGCCCUUCAAGUGAACGUAUUGAUGAUAGCGGCCACUUGCCGUUGUCUGUGAUGGGGCAGUUACCCCCCCAAGCAAGUCCUACUCAUCCCUGGUCAGUGUACACACUGGAAACUGCCACCACCAAAUGCCAUGAGAAGAUACUGGUGAAGGACAUCUAUUUUUACUCAUGUGUGUUUGACCUACUCACAACCGGUGAUGUUAACUUCACAGCUGCUGCUCACAGUGCCUUGAAGGAUGUGGAGGCAUUGCACCCCAGAAAAGAGCACUGGCAUAUCUUUCCCAGCAAUGAAAGUGGUGGUGGUGAUAGUGUGGGCACGGGUAGCAAAUUUUUUGUCAGUCCUGGACUUGUGUGCUUGAUCCUUGCUGUGUUUUUGUAG